GCUCAGUCUCAGGACUCGACCGGUUCACAUUCCCGUCUCCGCGGGGCUUUGUUGUGCUGUAUUCCUAGAACAUUUUUUGGGAUCUUCGGGAAAUGGAAAAUCGCGUUGUUCUCUUUUAAUCGCGGUUGUUUGUAUGUACUGAUGGACUGACUGACAGCGGUGUAUUGUGGACGGAGGGUCGGAUCAUCUGAGCCCGUUAUUCCCGGAGAGAGAGAGAGAGAGAGAGAGACGCUUUGUUCGGGCAAUAAUAAAAUCCCGAAAUACGUUUACUAUCAAAAUGACCGACACAGAAAAGGAAAACAAAUCUGAUGAAGACUCAGAGUCUCUCGAGGAAGAGGAGGUUGACCCCAGGAUUCAGGGGGAGCUUGAGAAACUGAAUCAGUCUACAGAUAACAUCAACAGAUGGGAGACAGAACUGGAGGACUCCCGGCAGAAGUUUCGCGCUGUCCUCACGGAGGCCACUGUCAAGCUGGACGAACAGGUGAAGAAGAUUGGGAAAGCCGUAGAAGACUCAAAACCGUACUGGGAGGCCAGACGUGAGGCCCGCCAGGCUCAGAUAGCGGCACAAAGAGCCACACAGGAGUACCAGAGGGCCAUUGAGAUCCUCAGAGCAGCGAAAGAAACCAUCGCGCUGGCUGAAGAACGUCUCCUGGAGGAGGACAGCAGACAGUUCGACUCGGCCUGGCAAGAGAUGCUCAACCAUGCCACCCAGAGGGUGAUGGAGGCGGAGCAAAGUAGAACACGAAGUGAAACCGAUCACAGGGAAACGGCGGCCAAAUACAAUGCCGCCAUUAGCCACAUGAGACAACUGGAGAAAAAGCUCAAACGCACUAUCAACAAGUCCAGGCCAUACUUUGAAUUGAAGGCAAAAUAUUAUCUACAGCUCGAGCAACUGAAGAGACGGGUGGACGAGCGGCAGGCUAAACUCACCCAGGCCAAAGCGGAGUACCGGACCGCCCUGCGGAACCUGGAGACCAUCUCAAAUGAGAUCCACGCACGCCGGCGACACUCUGCUAUGGGGCCCCGGGGCCGAGGGGUGGGGGCCGAAGAUGACGGAGCCGCCACGGAUGAUAUUACCAACUUCAAAAUGGAGUCCGAUGGCAUAUCUAUGAUAUCCGUGAACUUUGAAGAGGAGAACUGUACCGGCACGCCAGAGGACGACCCUGAGACACAGUCCACCUGCAGUAUGAGCUCCACCUCUGCUCCUCUGGACCUGUCCUGCACGUACCCCUCGUCUUCUGUCCCGUAUCCUCUCCUGUCAUCCUCCUGCACUUACCCUUCACCCUCCUCCUCUUCUCCGCUCUCUGCCGGCCCUGAUCUGUUGCAGCUGCCGGGCUCCGGGUCUCUGGAGGGGUUGGAGCAGGUGUCUCCUGUGCUCGGCCCUCGCAGUGAGUGCAGCGGGGCGUCGUCACCAGACUGUGAACAGGAAAGAGGUGAGAGGGCAGAUGGGGCAGAAGUUAAACCUGGCAGUACAAACAGUGUCAGCGUUCAGAAAAGCUCGCUCCUGGAGAAAAGUCUGUGCAGCUUAUCGCUCCAAACCGCAGACGACAACGAAACAGACACUCACCCUUUCACUGUGACCUCCAACACACCAGCAGUGCUGCUCUUAAACGGUGUUUAAUAUCUAGAACAUCCAGCUGUCCCAGCACAGGAGCCACGUCCUUUCAAAGGAACCAUUAUGAUUUAUGUGACCUUUUAUCAUCUCAGUGUUAUGGAGAUUGUCUCAUCUCAGACUGGUUUUAACCCAGAAAACUGUGAAACAGUGUUAUAAAUGUUAGGAAAACAUCAGCUAUGAAGUGAACUGGUUCGUCACUGAGUGGAUGUUUCUCACGUUCUUCCUAUCUGUGUGUCUCAUGUCUUAUAUUGCAUUAAGGUGGUGUCUCUACAAGGUCUGUAAUACCUGGAGAAAGAUAUGAUAUCUCAGUGCAUAUUGAAAUGUACAGUAUAGUUUGCUUGCAAACAAACAAAACAAAAAAAUGGUCCGAAUAAACAAAUGUGUUUCAGUUGCAGUCAAUGGAGGAAUGUGUGUUUUGGAAACAGAUAGUGUAGUUAAGGCAUCUACCAGUCUGCAUUGUGAUGAUGAUGAUGAUGUUCCUCAUCACAGAUGUUCUCAGCUUGGUCUCAUGUUAAUUACGUGACCGUAGCAAGAUCAUAUUGUGUUGUUCAUUACAGGUAUCGUGGCAGCUCUGAGGUGAAAUGUCCACUGUGUGGCGCUAAAAGAGAGUUAAAUUAUCCAGUUUUAAAUCAACAAAACCGACCUCCUUACCCUAAAGCUUAAACCAAAACCUGACCUAUAGUGUCAUUAAAAGCAAAUGUGAGAAGAAAAACCCAAAUCACUCCAUUUUCUGAUGCAUCUAUUGGCACUUUCCCACGGCACGUUACGGUUUGACUCGACUCAACUCUGCUCGCUUUACUUUUCUGAGCUUGCAUUUCCACUGCAGUUUAGUGUCCCUCAACGUGGGUGGGAUUAUAGGCUGAUCGUCAUAGUUACGCCGCCUCUACUGCCGUGACAUCAUCUUAAACAUGUCACAAACUGACCAAAACAAUAACACGAGCGCUAGCUGUUAGCUACUAGCUCAUUGUGCUGCAUAAAGCAGUUGUUGCAUGGGGAUUUUACACAAGUGUAACAGUUAAAUUGGUCUGGUUGUUUUAGAAGCUUCCAGUAGCUGCUCAACUAAAUAAAGUGAAGCUUUCAAGCAGAGUAUCGAGUUAACGUAACAAAACGUACCAUCCUCCAUCGUGGAUCCAGUCCAGGGCACUCUCCCUCCCAUUGCUCGCCGGUUUAGAUAGCGUCCAUUUGGUCGAACCACUUCCACUUUUCCUAGAUGGUUCUGUAGUUACGUACGUUUUUUAUCUUCUCCCUACACUGUUGGUCGGUCCGGUGGCAGCCGUGUGCGGCCAACAGCUGAGACACUUCCUGAGAGACUUUAUUGUUUCGCUCAUCGCUAACGAGUGGACCGUCUGCGCCUCGUUUAUUGACCAUGCCGUGGUUUUGGGCACAGCCAUUUCUUUUUCACAAUUCAAAAAUGGCGUGAACAAAUUAUACGGUUUAUAACUUCAAAACUAGCGGGUUGAUGUCACGUGAUGGAAAUCCAGUGACUCUGGUAGUGACGAUUCUCCCUGACCAAUCAGUGAUCUGCAGGAUUUUGACGUCACAUUUAGUAUCGGCUCGGCUCGCUUGGAACCUCGACUGAGGUGGUACUAAAAAAAGUAUCCGGUACCAGCUACUAUCCACAGUGGAAAACCCCAAAAAAGCGAGCAGAGUCGAGUCGUACCGUGCAGUGGAAAAGCCCCAUAUGACUCUUCCAACUAUGGCUCUUCUGGACUCGUACCCCAGUCAUUUACAUCGCAAGUGCAACGCUCCAGCAGUUGAGCUACCGUGCAAUUUGAUUGCACCUGAUGAAGCUUGUAAAUGUAGUUAGUUAUGUAAUGCAAGUGUUCAAAUGAGUCAUGCACUACAUUAAACGUGCUUAGAUAUCAUUGUGUGAGGAACAGGACGAAAAGUAAGCGUUUAUGAACUGAUAAUCUGCCGCUUAACUCGUGAUGUGUAUGAAAGUGAAUAAAAGUCAUUGUUGUUGUUGCGCCUCUAGUGUUCAUUUCACCAGGAAUCUGCUGCGAUAUGUAAAAUGAGCCACUUGGAAACCAUUUUACAACAAUGUAGGUGUAGUUACGCGAUUCUACAAGACUCCAUGUUGAUUUCACUCUUUGUUUUUGCACUCCACUGGUUAUAACGUUAAGAGGGACUUGCUAUAUAUUUAUACUCAAUGUUUGUCUCGUUAUCAUGAUGUCUUUUCACAACUCAAAAGUUCUUAUUUGUGUAAUAAACAGAUGCUCAUAGCAUGAAUCAUUUUCCACUGUUUUGAUUUCACAGUCAGACGUCUUUAUUCCAAAACAAAGAGCUGGAGCAUUAAUCUUGUGGUGUUGGGCACCAGUCAAGUCAAGUCCUUUUCCUUAAACAGUUGACAUAGUUUCUGGUGCAUAAAGAGUAAUUGCUCUUCUUAGAUAGCACUUUUGUAUCACAUAUGUAUGUGUCUAGUAUAUUUUACUGUAUUAUCUGU